UAAGCACAUUGUACAGUAACAGGGAGCCUUGUGAACAUCGGACGAGCACAACGUGAGGUACAGCACAAAAAGUAAAGGUGUGGAACAGCCCUAGUUACACAGAGGUGUGAGCGUGAGCCCCACAGGAGGCACAUCCUUCAGUGUUGAGCAAAUAACCAGCUGAGCAGCAUCUUAGCUGGUAAAAUUAAAAGAAAGGAGACUUUUUCUGGGCACAGCUUUGUUUUCCUACUUCUAGCAGGUUUUGUGAGGGAAUACUCUGCAGCCUUCUACAUGCAAAGUGUGAGUACAGUGUUGGUAGAAUUAAAAAAAAAAACCAAACAAACUUAUUUUUAGGAUCCCUUGGUCCUGAUGAGAGUAAAAUUGACAACUUAAUUGAAAUCAGCAGGAAAAGAGCAUCAGGAAAACGGUCUUCAAGCAGCAGCUGCUUUUGUUCGCAGCGGCCGCCACCCUGUGACUCCGGCGUUAAUCGCUGCAUUAGCAGCCUGCGCAGCCUGGGGACGCGAACCCCUCCUUCCCUGGGGUGCUGGUGCUCAGCGACUUCCAGCAGGCUAUCGCGACAUGGGUGUGCAGUCUCCGCCGGGAGGCUGAUGGGGAGACCUGUGCCUUUAACAAAAAAAGGGGGAUGCAAAUUGCUCAUCUGCUUCGGAGAGGCAAAGCUCGGUGCAGAGCCUGGGGCUCGCUGCGUGGAGCGGAGUUUUGUGCUCUGCACAGGCUGUCGGCUCAACUUCAUCAAGGACUCGCUUUUUAAAAUUAUUUUAUUGUUACUUCUGAACUCUGUAAGAGAGAAGAGCCUUUCCUGCACGUUUGAACCAUGAGCGGCUGUUCGAAGAGAUGCAAGCACGGGAUCGUCAAAUUUGCUCAGACUGUUUUUAAGCUCAUCACAGGCACUCUCAGCAAAGAUAAAAUUGAAGAUGAAUUAGAAAUGGCUACAGUGUGUCACAGACCCGAAGGACUGGAACAGCUUGAAGCACAAACGAAUUUCACUAAAAGGGAACUUCAGGUGCUUUACAGAGGAUUUAAAAAUGAAUGUCCUAGUGGGGUUGUUAAUGAAGAGACAUUCAAACAGAUCUAUGCACAGUUCUUCCCUCACGGAGAUGCUAGCAUGUAUGCACAUUAUCUCUUUAAUGCAUUUGACACUGCACAGAACGGCUCAGUGAAGUUUGAGGAUUUUGUGAUGGCAUUGUCCAUUCUGUUGCGGGGAACUGUUCAUGAAAAGCUAAGGUGGACGUUUAAUCUGUACGACAUAAAUAAGGACGGCUACAUAAACAAGGAGGAAAUGAUGGAUAUUGUGAAGGCAAUUUAUGACAUGAUGGGAAAGUACACAUAUCCAGUGCUCAAGGAAGAUGCUCCAAGGCAGCAUGUAGAAGUAUUCUUCCAGAAAAUGGAUAAAAACAAAGAUGGUGUUGUAACUUUAGAUGAGUUUAUUGAAUCGUGUCAGGAGGACGACAAUAUCAUGCGAUCCUUACAGCUCUUUGAGAACGUGAUGUAACCAUGUCUGGCGAGCACCGGAGGAGCCAGAGACCUUCCGUGUAACAAGGACCUCCUUUCUGGGUGAAAGCUUUUUACAAUUGAGCCAUGUUCCAAUUGUGAGGAUUUUGUAUGACAUCUCCAGCCAAAUGGCAACCGAAUGCAAUCGAUCCCACCUCUUCUCCCCAGGAGACACCGGUGGACCUUUGUUUCGUUUUGGAAGCAUGUGAAUAUUUUAAUAAAACCUGACAAGAGAGAACUGCUGUUCGAAGUUCAAUGAGUAAUAUACAGCAUUGUUUGCUAGGCACAAGUUCUGCUUUUAAUCUAGCAAGCUUAAUUACGUAUGAUAGCACAUGUUGAUAGCUUACUCAGCCAUCUAUUGCAAGUGAAAAGCUCAGUCCAUACUACCAUACAGCAAAAUGUUUUAUGAAUGCCUUGCUGUUAAUCUGCUUUGACAAAAAUCAAACCUACCAGGGCAGCCAGUGAAAAACGAACUGUAAACCAUUAAGCAGAUAGCCUAUGUAGCCAAUAUCCCCAUUUCUGCGGAGAUCCUGCUUUUCCUCUCACAUGCACUGAUACCACCACACUGAGUUUGGUGGAGUUUCUCCUGAACACAGUAACUAGAGGAACUUCAUGCCAGGGUGAGCCAGAAAGGAGCAAAACAUGUGUUACAUGUACAAAAUUCAAACUGCAGAACGAAUCCUGUUCAAUGACGAUAAGUUCUUGCAAGACCAGGCAGGUCCAUAAGGGCUGGUACAGGAAGAUGAACACCUGCUCUGUCCCCAGCCAACUUCUGCCGUCCCAGCACAUGGUGGGACACCAGGUGAUCUCCAGUGUGCGUCUCAGCAGCACCGUGCUCGUGUCCUCUGGUCCUUUCGGUGUAGUUUGGCACAUGCUUCCUAGAAUCAUUGUUUGAAUGUUCGUAUUUUUCCAUUGGAAAUUGUCCACUUUAUGGAUUUAUUUAAGCUUUCCAGCUUUAGUUAGUGCAGAAAAGGGCCCAGAUGAUGCAACUGUUUCACAUACAGACCUCAGCACCCACAAGGUGCCCCGUAAGUUUAAUUGGGACCUACUUAGUUAACUGCCAGGCCCUUAUGUCCCUUUGGGUAAUUUAACGUUUUCUAUAGCAAAAUCUUUUUUCCCACAAGGCUUGAACAAGUCCCAUUUCCUUACUAUUGCCAAACAGAGCAUUGGUUAGAGGGGCUGGGUUUUUUGAUUAGUAAAACAGAAAGAAUCACAUAACGAAUCUACACCAAGGUUGGAUUUUGCCCAGUAGAUUAUUUGUCAGAGCCUGCUUUGCGGAGGACCUUUAGGAAAGUGAGCGCACCAGGGUGCCGUUGCCAUCCCCAGGCAGCCGAUGGCCGAGAAGCCAAGGGAAGGAGGGAACAGCCAACUUUCCAGCUGCACAGAGCACACAGAGAGGAGAGUCCCUGCCAUAGAGCUACAUCACUCCCAUCCAGUAAGCAUAUAUAUUUUUAUUAUAUCAGAUACUAUAUUACAAAGAUACUGUUAGCAGUGAAGAUAUAUUUUAAAAAUUACGUAAGUGGAAGCUUUUUAUAAUACAAAAUAUAUAGAAUGACUCAUUUCUGUAACCCUAUAUUUUAUAAAAAUAGAAUCUGUUGAAGUAUUCCUGAUUAUAGAGGUAGAUCUGAUCAGUACUAGAGUAAUGCUAUGCUAAUUCUCCAAGAUGGGACAUUUUCCCCUUUUACUGUGCUCCUCCAUACACUUCUAUGUAGUCUUAACUUUACUCCUUUCAGUUGCUGACUUGUCAUCAAAAGCGCUAUACAACUGAGUGAAGCUACAUGUAUGCAGGAGGGACACCCUAGUCUACCCUGUUUAUUGCCUUUCAUGCAAAUACCAUUAAUUAAUUUCUUCCUGGCAGCGACACAGAACAUAGCAGCUCUAAUAACAUGCUGUGAUUCGCAGAGGUGAUGCGAUGCUGUGAGUAGCCUUGUCCCCCAGGUGUCCGGUAUUGUCUGUUCAGUUCUUAUUUAAUAGGCACUUGAUAACGACAUCAGUUGUAGCUGAAAUAAGGCACAAUGUUUACACUGUUCCUUCUUGAUUCUUCUUGCAAUUGCUUUAGCAAAUGACAGAAGUCAAUGAAAUUAAUUACCUGCUUUUUUCCCUAUACCAAAAGAGCAUCUGUUUAUUAUCUGUUAACUUCAGAUGAGGGAAAAGUGGUCAGGAUAAUGGAAACACAGCAUUUGUGAUGGGCUAGCACAGUGCCUUUGUCCUCUAACAGUGUGCUCAUGACAUGGCUCAUACAGCCUGAAAAGUUUUGAAUGUGCCCUUUUCAAAAGAAAAUGUUGUUAGUGGGAUGAUACUGUGGUCCCUGAAGCUACAUUAAGUACUGGAGUUACUGCGAUGAAUUUGGCCUGAGCUGUCUUAUGUGUGUACAUGGCCUGUGUGCUCCAGCCAACAGAUAAAACAGAUCCAGUGACUGUGAGAGAACCGUACUCUGCAUGGAAACGUCUUUGGGUUUGUUUUUUAUGUUUUCUGUGAAUGUUACUUUGUAAACUUGCAAAGCCUCCCAUCACUCAUAAAUGGGGCUUGCAAUAUUUAUGGCAAAUACUUACUACAGCUUUCUAAAUAAAACAUAGUAUGCAAUUCUAAUCUCAUACCAUUGUAAAUCCUCCUGCCGGUACGUGGAAGGUAGUUACUAUGCUGGCUUCUAAGCUGCAGUUAGACUAUCUGUCAGUGCUAUCAGCUGUGCAAAUUUUCUCAGUUGUGAAUGUUUAAAUAACGUCUGAAUCCUUAGUCUGUUUCAUUAGUUACAAAUGGUUAGUCUGCAUCUUCAUGCCGGCAUUUCUUAAAAAAAAAAAGCCUUUCUAACAUGCAUUUAGGUAACAAUCUGUUGAAAAAUAGGAAUGUGAUUGAUAAUGCAAAAAAAAAAAUGUAAUGUGCCUGUUACUGUCAGUGUUUGUUUUCCUGUUACUUCGAAUGCAUUGCAAUAUUGUGAGUAAUCACACAUGGAGCUAUACACCUGAGGGUACGGCCAUCCCGCGGGUCAGGCGUCGCGGGCAGAGCUUUGGUGUUGCCUGUGACAAGAGUUGAGGACAAAGCGCGGCGUGGCCAAGUGUGAUCUCUGAUGGGGAUGGUAGCAGCAGCCUAACAGACUUUUUCUUCUUCUUCAUGGAAGUGCCAUGAAAGACCUAGGGAAAUGUGCAAAUACUAAAAGUUGAGAUAACUAAAGCCAUGUUAAUGGAGCAGCAAUGCAUAGCUUCACUCUUACAAAUGCUGUUCUCUGACAGCAAUUUCUGUUACAUUUUAUUGAAUGGUUUUAAAAAUGUUGGUUUCAAUAAUAAAAAGAAAAUAUCUAUAGGAAGGUGUCCUGUCAUAAGCCCUGUAUGUACUUUUACCUUAAGGGACACUGUCAGGUUAAAAAUUUCCGGGGAAACUUUUAAAAGCAAGAUCUUAUAAACAUGUAUCAAUCUGCACAGAGGCUGUGAAAGUGCUAAACUGUGCUGUGAGCAUAACAUUUAUGUGCUAAUUAUUUAGCUGCAUCACUCAUUCGGGGGUGCUCUCAUAUUUGGUGCAGUGACACACACCUAUUACUAACUGAUAGUCUGGCCCUUGUGUAAAUAACUGUCCAAAAAUGUUCUACCUGCAUCAUUGAUGUUAUCUCGGUAUAGUAAAAAUUGAAAGCUUAUAGGCAUAUCUUUGCUCUUCAGCAUUUUUGCUUAAGUAUAACCAGGAGAACAGGCAACAAAGUCAAAGAAAAACACAAGCACUAUUUUAUUUUACAGAUAGAAAUAAAACAGAACCUCGCAGUGUCCCUUCAGCUCUGGUUUGUUGUAAACAUCCAUUCUGACACAUGGAGUAAUGCAGAAGAUAUUUUGCGAGACUAUAUAUAUGUGUGUACAUAUAUAUAAAUAUAAAAUUUGCUAAACUCCAUUCUGUAGGGUAUCAUAUGUCUACUAGCACAUCCCAGGAAAAAGCCCAUUCUCUUGAAAACAUGCAGAAAUGUGAAAAUAAAGCUGUCUGUGUGAAAACUGG